CGGCUAGCCAACCAUCGUAGCUAUUGGCCGAACGACUGUCGCUCUUCCUGCCGGGGAGUCGCCUACGCCUACUUCCUCCCGAGAGGAGGGGCUCGAGUUCCGCGUCGUCGCGCAGAGCUGACUCUGGGAGGCGUUUGGGCCCAGAGAAGUGGAUCGGCCGCUUGCGCCGCAUGGAGUCCGAAUCGGAAAGCGGGGCUGCUGCUGACACCCCCCCACUGGAGACCCUAAGCUUCCAUGGUGAUGAAGAGAUUAUCGAGGUGGUAGAACUUGAUCCCGGUCCGCCAGACCCAGAUGAUCUGGCCCAGGAGAUGGAAGAUGUGGACUUUGAGGAAGAAGAGGAGGAAGAGGGCAACGAAGAGGGCUGGGUUGUGGAGCCCCAGGAAGGGGUGGUCGGCAGCAUGGAGGGCUCCGACGAUAGCGAGGUCACCUUUGCAUUACACUCAGCAUCUGUGUUUUGUGUGAGCCUGGACCCCAAGACCAACACCUUGGCCGUGACCGGGGGUGAAGAUGACAAAGCGUUCGUGUGGAGGCUCAGCGAUGGGGAGCUGCUGUUUGAGUGUGCAGGCCAUAAAGACUCUGUGACUUGUGCUGGUUUCAGCCAUGACUCCACUCUAGUCGCCACAGGGGACAUGAGUGGCCUCUUGAAAGUGUGGCAGGUGGACACUAAGGAGGAGGUCUGGUCCUUUGAAGCGGGAGACCUGGAGUGGAUGGAGUGGCACCCUCGGGCACCUGUCCUACUUGCGGGCACUGCUGAUGGCAACACCUGGAUGUGGAAAGUCCCAAACGGUGACUGCAAGACCUUCCAGGGCCCCAACUGUCCAGCCACCUGUGGCCGAGUCCUCCCUGACGGGAAGAGAGCUGUGGUAGGCUACGAAGAUGGCACCAUCAGGAUUUGGGACCUGAAGCAGGGAAGCCCCAUCCACGUGCUGAAAGGGACUGAGGGCCACCAGGGCCCACUGACCUGUGUUGCCACUAACCAGGAUGGCAGCCUGAUCCUAACUGGCUCUGUGGACUGCCAGGCCAAGCUGGUCAGUGCCACCACCGGCAAGGUGGUGGGUGUUUUUCGACCUGAAACUGUGGCCUCCCAGCCCAGCCUGGGAGAAGGGGAGGAGAGCGAGUCCAACUCGGUGGAGUCCUUGGGCUUCUGCAGCGUGAUGCCUCUGGCAGCUGUUGGCUACCUGGAUGGGACCUUGGCCAUCUAUGACUUGGCUACGCAGACUCUUAGGCAUCAGUGCCAGCACCAGUCGGGCAUCGUGCAGCUGCUGUGGGAGGCAGGCACCGCCGUGGUUUAUACCUGCAGCCUGGAUGGCAUCGUGCGCCUCUGGGAUGCCCGGACUGGCCGCCUGCUUACCGACUACCGGGGCCACACGGCCGAGAUCCUGGACUUCGCUCUCAGCAAAGAUGCCUCCCUGGUGGUGACCACAUCAGGAGACCACAAAGCGAAAGUAUUUUGUGUCCAGAGGCCUGAUCGUUAAUGGCUGCAGCCCCUGCCUGUGUGUCUGCUGUCGAGGGGACGAAGGGACCCCCGCCCCCGCCCCUGCCCCCGCCCGCCAGUAAAGGCAGUAGGGCACAGAGGGAAGAGGAGGGUGGGGCCCUGGAUGACUUUCCAGCCUCUUCAACUGACUUGCUCCCCUCUCCUUUUCUUCUCUUUAGAGACCCUUGCCCCUUGCCCACACCUGGUGGGCCCUUCAGAGGGAGGGGCAAACCUCUUUUUCUUUCACUUUCAUUUGCUGGUGUGAGCCAUGGGGUGUGUAUUUGUAUGUGGGGAGUAGGUAUUUGAGGUUCCCGUUCUUUCCCUUCCCAAGUCUCUGGGGGUGGAAAGGAGGAAGAGAUACUAGUUAAAAAUUUUAAAAAUGUAAAUAAAAUAUACUUCCCAGA